AUGUCUGCUAUUAUUGACCGGCUCCCAUUGGAAUUGCUUGAACUGGUUUGCGAUGAACUAGAUACGAGAGACUUGGCGUCGCUGGUUGGGACCUGCCGCGAUACAUACCACCGGACGAUAAACCGCUUGGCGCAACGAUAUACGGAAAUUCACUUGGACUUCUCGCAAGACAGCUUCAAUCAUAUCCAUGCGAUUGCCAACAACAAGGUCAUGCGACAGCAGGUCCAUCGCCUAGUCGUGAUGACGCCGGAGCCUUAUCUCGGCCGAGACUUGCAAUGGCAGCGAAGCGCAGCAGGCCACAUACACAAUCCGCUACAGAUACCGGCCAUUCAACGCUUUCGAGAUGACCUCGUCGAAAGGCUUACGAAUUGUCGUUCUUUUGUCAUAUCUCCCGUCAGAACCAAGUUCGUACCCGAAGAAGAGGACGUCAACGAUAGUGAACACUUCAAUCCCGACGAUGCCGCUGGUAUCUUGUUGGAAAUAAUUGCCGAUGCGUCGCUACCCAUGAAGCUAUUCUGGUAUGGCACUGGAGUUAAUUAUACAUCAAAUAUCAUGGAUAUCCGUCGAUUACCAAAGAAUCUCUUUACAAAUCCCACUUUCAAGUCCGGGUGGGCGCAACUGGAAAAUCUUCACCUGGACCACAAGCUUACGCCAUACAAUUAUUCUUUCAUUUUGAAUAUGAUCCUCCAUGCCCCUAAUCUUCGCAAAAUAUACCUCAGUCUGGCACCACGAGAUAUGGCAAUUGAGUUCUUCUCCCACCUUUCGCAAUCUCCGUCUCUCCCUAGCUCACUGGAGAGGAUUGCCUUGUGCUUCACGUCGGUACGAGCGGUUGACCUCAUCACAAUCCUCAGUCAUUCUCGACAGACGCUUAAACGCCUCAUUUUAGAUGAUAUUGGGGGUCUAUCAUCGGACGGGUCCAAGCUGCAUAAUCAAUUACAGGGUUGCUUCCCACGGCUGGAGACUAUCGAAUUCAACAAAUGCCAAUGA